AUGUCUUUCAUCACACGGGAAUACAAGUUUGAGAGCAGCAUGGUGCAGCAGAAAUCAGAUCAGCACACGAUGGCCAUGCGGAGUCUGAAGAAACUCGUCAAACCACUGCUGCGGCUAGUGAAGAAAAAGCAGCUACUGCGGAAGACUCUGGCUGAGAUCCAGAACCAGAACGACAUCAACGCCUCGCUGGAGGACAUGCGCAAAGAUCCCGCCGUCAGCUGCGACAACAUGGCCAACGAGCAACUGGAGCAGCGCCUCUACAACGAUCUGAAGCAGUGCCCCAGCAACGUGGCAAUGAUCGUGCAGCAGGGUCAGCAGCAACACGUCGUCCCCGUCCAGCCCGAGCAGACCUUCAUCCCGGUCCACUUUGCCCGCACCAGCAGCGGCACCUUCUUCUGGACCACUGCCGAGGGUGCCCGCCAGCACCAGGAGCAACAGUUGCGCCAGCAGUUCGAUCGCUGGGUUCAGGCCUAG